AUGAAGGUGAUGAUAUUUGGGGCAACGUGUUCGCCGAGUUGCGCGCAGUAUGUAAAAAACCAUAAUGCACAACGAUUCCAGGACCGAUUUCCAAGAGCAGCUGAAGCGAUAGUGAAGGAACAUUACGUCGAUGAUAUGCUCACUAGUGUGGAAACGGAAGAAGAGGCGAUAAAGUUGGCGAAAGAGGUCCAGUUCGUCCAUGCUGAGGCUGGUUUCGAAAUACGCAACUGGCUGUCAAACUCAAAUCAAGUACUGCGGGAGUUGCAAGCGACACCAGGUGUAAAAAGUAUGAAUCUGUUGAGCGAGAUGGGGACAGAAAAAGUUCUGGGCUUGUGGUGGUGUACUGUUACUGAUUCAUUCACCUUCAAAGUAUCCCCAAGGAUUAACGCGGAACUACUUAACGGUCAUAUUAUUCCGACAAAGAGGCAGAUCUUAAGCACGCUAAUGAUGAUCUAUGAUCCUUUGGGAUUCUUGGCAAACUUCCUGAUGUUUCUGAAGAUAUUGCUUCAGGAAAUAUGGCGUAGCGGUGUGAAUUGGGACGAGCCAAUCAACAGUGAACAGCGGGAGAAAUGGCUGACGUGGGUGCAAGUUCUUCCGAGAGUAGAGAUGGUUAGGGUGCCCAGAUGUUACCGGACGAGGAGUAGCAUCAGUGAACGAAAUUCGAUUCAGCUCCAUGUCUUCGUUGAUGCGUCUGAGAAUGGAGUUGCUGCGGUAUGUUAUCUGCGUUUCGAAGAAGGUGGCGUCGUGGAAUGUGCACUAGUCGGGGCAAAAACAAAAGUAGCUCCACUGCGAUUUGUGUCAAUACCCAGACUGGAACUGCAGGCAGCAGUAAUCGGCGCCCGCUUGGCGAACAGCAUCACGGAGUCGCACAAAUUAAAACCUAUGCAACGAUUCUUCUGGACGGAUGCGCGAGAUGUUCUUUGUUGGCUAAACUCUGAUCACCGGAAAUAUAGCCAGUUUGUAGCGGUACGAAUCAGUGAGAUGUUGGAGUUGACGGAGCAACAUGAAUGGAACUGGAUCCCAUCAAAAUUGAACGUUGCGGACGAGGCUACAAAAUGGCAAAAGUUACCGGACCUGGCUCCUACAAGUCGUUGGUUUCGUGGACUGGAAUUCCUGUGGGGCCCCAAAGAGGGUUGGCCUGAUAAUAUAUCAAAAUUUGGUGACACAAUAGAAGAAAAACGUGUAAAAGUACUACAUCACUUCGAAGAACGUGCGAUAUUCGAAUGGGAGAAAUUUUCCAGAUGGAAACGGUUGCUACGUCAUGUGGCUUUUGUGAAACGAUUCCCAGCUAAUAUACGCAAGAAAAUCGUCAAACAACCUGUUGAAAGCGGUCCCCUAUCCCAUGAGGAACUAAAAGAAGCAGAGCUGACUAUACUUAAGUUCGUUCAAGAUUCCGAGUUUGCCAGAGAGAUUCAACACUUAAGGAAAUCUAAUCCAUUGCCAUGGAAGAACGUGUUGCCCAAAAAUAGUUCAUUGUACAAGCUUAGCCCAAUUCUUGAGGUAGAUGGGUUAGUUCACAUGAAAGGUCGCAUAGAUGCUUGCGAAUUUGUGGAAGAGUGUACGAAACGCCCGAUAUUGCUGCCUAAGUGCCAUCCAGUUUCGGAUCUUAUUAUCGCCAGCAUUCACCAACGAUACUGCCACAUGAACCACCAGACGGCGCUCAACGAAAUCAAGCGUCGGUUCUAUAUUCCGAAACUUCGUUCGGUGUAUAAUCGUGUUCGUAAGAGAUGCCAGCUUUGCAAAAUCCGCCAGGCAAAACCAGCCGUCCCUGAAAUGUCCGCUCUACCACCAAUGCGGUUGAAAGCCUUUUGUCGGCCAUUUUCAUAUGUAGGCAUUGAUUAUUUUGGGCCGAUGCACGUGGCUGUUGGCAGACGCACCGAAAAACGUUGGGGUGUGUUGAUUACUUGUCUCACUGUUCGAGCAAUACACCUCGAAAUUGCGCACACCCUCACAACAGAUUCAUGCAUCUUGGCCAUUAGGAAUUUCAUAGCCAGAAGAGGUUCCCCCUUGGAGAUAUUUAGCGAUCGCGGAACGAAUUUUGUUGGUGCAAGCCGUGAAUUGAAACAGGCACUACAGCAGAUAGAUCAGGACAAGCUGAUGGAACAUUUCACUACAACGGAUACAAAAUGGUCAUUCAACCCGCCAGCUUCUCCGCACUUUGGUGGCGUAUGGGAACGCCUCGUUCAGUCAGUGAAGAAAGCCUUGAAACACCUACAACUCACACGCACACCUACCGAUGAACUAUUAAGAAACAUGUUGGCAGAAAUCGAACUAAUUAUCAAUUCUAGACCGUUGACUGAAUUGCCACUAGACGAUGAGCUAUCAUCGCCGCUAACCCCGAACCAUUUCCUACUCGGGUCAUCAGACGGUUCUAAGCCACCGGUCACAUUCGAAGACAGUAGCUACGCCCUGAAGCACACAUGGAAGAUGUCGCAGGUCUACGCAAACAGGUUCUGGAAACGCUGGAUAGCUGAUUACCUGCCAAUGUUAACGAGGAGAACAAAAUGGUUUUGUCCGGCGAAGCCCAUAGAAGUGGGAGACAUUGUCGUGUUGGUGGACGAGACACUUCCAAGAAAUUGUUGGCCGAAAGGACGAAUCAUCGACGCCAUCUGGUCCAAGGUUGGCCAGGUUUGA